CUAGCGGGAACGUCUCCCUCCCCUCCCCCAAGGGGCUUUGCGGUCCAGAGUCCCUCCGGAGUUUCAGCCGAGAACGUCUCGGGGCUGGAGGCAGGGUUGCCAGGGUUUGGGGCCCUCGCCCAGAGACCCUCGGGCCCGCGAGCUCGAGCUGGAUUGUGGGGGGAGGGAAGAGGAAGCUGAGCGCUCGUGGGGCGGAGGACGCCUCUAAGGGUAUCCGCGGUCAUUUUCAUUGCCCAAGGGCAGCGCAGCUCUGGCUGAGCGAGGACAGGGCAGGGGAGCGGGUUGCGGGGCCUCUCGGUUCUCGAACCUUUGCGAUCUUCGAUUACACCCACCACAAUCUCCCCGCUUCUAGCGCCUCCUGCAGCCCGGGGAGGGGCGGGGGCCGCUUGGCCAAGUGGAGGGAACGAAGGGGUGCAGACCGGCCACCUGAGCCUGGGUGUGGGACAGCAGCACAGAGCUUCCGAUCGAUCGCGGAAGGCGCGUUAAUGAGAGUCAACAGUUACUGGAGCUUGAGCCUUACCCCUUGUUCCCUUUCCCAGCGCCGGCCCCUCUUCCAGAGAGCUGGAAGCUCCUCCUUGCACCUGUCCAAAGGUCUCAGACAGAGGGCAAUGCCAGGAAGCUGGUGAAGGCUUUCUUCUCCUCCACCAUGGUUGACGGCGUUAAAUAUGAAGUGGCCUCCCAGCAGGAGAGGGACGCCACCCCCUUGGCCGAUGAUGCCAGCCCCAAGCCAGAGCAGGUGCAGCUGAAGAAGGAGAUCUCGCUGCUGAAUGGCGUGUGCCUGAUUGUGGGGAACAUGAUUGGUUCUGGCAUCUUUGUCUCCCCCAAAGGCGUGCUCAUCUACAGUGCCUCCUUUGGCCUCUCCCUGGUCAUCUGGGCAGUCGGGGGCGUCUUCUCUGUCUUCGGGGCACUUUGUUAUGCAGAACUGGGCACCACCAUUAAGAAAUCUGGGGCCAGCUACGCCUACAUCCUUGAGGCCUUUGGGGGACUCCUUGCCUUCAUCCGUCUCUGGACCUCGCUCCUCAUCAUCGAGCCCACUAGCCAGGCCGUCAUCGCCAUCACCUUUGCCAACUACCUGGUGCAGCCCAUCUUCCCAAACUGCUUAGCCCCCUAUGCUGCUGCCCGCCUGCUGGCUGCUGCCUGCAUCUGUCUCUUAACCUUCAUUAACUGUGCCUAUGUCAAGUGGGGAACCCUGGUACAAGAUGUUUUCACCUACGCUAAAGUAUUGGCACUGAUCGCCAUCAUCAUCGCAGGCAUCGUUAGACUUGGCCAGGGAGCCUCGACUCACUUUGAAAAUUCCUUUGAGGGUUCAUCAUUUUCAGUGGGUGACAUUGCUCUGGCACUGUACUCGGCUCUGUUCUCCUACUCUGGCUGGGACACCCUCAACUAUGUCACUGAAGAGAUCCAGAACCCUGAGAGGAACCUGCCCCUCUCCAUUGGCAUUUCCAUGCCCAUUGUCACCAUCAUCUACAUCUUGACCAAUGUGGCCUAUUACACUGUGCUGGAAAUGAGGGACAUCCUGGCAAGCGAUGCUGUUGCUGUGACUUUUGCAGACCAGAUUUUUGGAAUAUUCAAUUGGACCAUUCCGUUUGCGGUUGCAUUAUCCUGCUUUGGUGGCCUCAAUGCCUCCAUCGUGGCUGCGUCUAGGCUUUUCUUUGUGGGCUCGAGAGAAGGCCAUCUCCCUGAUACCAUCUGCAUGAUUCAUGUGGAGCGGUUCACACCGGUGCCAGCUCUUCUCUUCAAUGGUCUCAUGGCGUUGAUCUACUUGUGUGUGGAGGACAUCUUUCAGCUCAUUAACUACUACAGCUUCAGCUACUGGUUCUUCGUGGGGCUCUCUAUUGUGGGUCAGCUUUAUCUGCGCUGGAAGGAGCCCAACAGGCCUCGUCCUCUCAAGCUCAGCCUGUUCUUCCCCAUUGUCUUCUGCCUCUGCACCGUCUUCCUGGUGGCUGUCCCGCUCUACAGUGAUACCAUCAAUUCUCUCAUCGGCAUCGGCAUCGCUCUCUCAGGCCUGCCCUUUUACUUCUUCAUCAUCAGAGUGCCAGAACACAAACGACCUCUUUGCCUCCGCAGGAUUGUGGCCUCUGUCACGUGGUAUGUCCAGGUCCUCUGUAUGUCAGUUGCUGCAGAGAUGGAUUUGGAAGAUGGAGGAGAGCAGUCCAAGCAACAGGAUCCCAAGUCUGAAUAACCACAAGAAAUCUCGAGAUGUGGAAAGCAGGGGCUUUUAUCUCCUGCUGGCUGGAGGCAAGGAAGUUGAAAAGGAAAGCUCACUUAUUUGGAGACACCUAUCCAGAAGCCUCUUAGGCAGCUUCAGCAACCUCUGAACUUGCUUUCUGAGAGAUGGAGAGUAAUUUAUUUGUUUUGCUACACAUUAUUCCAGGUUUCUUUAAAGGGACAUAAAACAGACUGUGAUGGGAAGCAUGCUAGGUGUGAGCUGGGAUGUUCCAGUGGCGCGCUCCCAUGUGUGAAGAUAUCCACUCACGUCCACUUGCCUGCCCACUACUCCUCUUCCACUGGAAAAUCCAACAGUGCUUUAACUGCCUGUCUCCUUUAGAGACAUGAAACGGUCACAGGUGCUAGACAAUAAAAGGGUAUGCUUCUAAACUCUGA